UACUCCUUUGUUUACAUGCAAGUCCUCCAGCUCGGCGGAAGGUGGCUUUUUGGUAGUGCAGCGCUGUGUGUGAUUCCUACCAGCUGUUUCCCGCCUUGAAAGACAUCCGAUCAGCUGCAAACACACACAUGCAGAAGGAGGGAGGGAACGAGAGCGAGCGCGCGCCACACACACUACGAGGGAACCCCAUCAGCUGGAAGAGUAGAGUAACCUUACAACUCAACGCUCAUGCCCGAAAUCAGCAGGACAGGCACAGGACUGCUUCUUAAACGAGACCGGGACACGAAGAAGCUGCUUUGUUUUUAAACCUAUAAAGUACUAGAAGAAUCGAGGAGCCAGAGCUGGAGAGAAGCGGGGAAGCAUGGAGUACUUCAUGGUGCCAGCUCAGAAGGUGCCCUCCUUGCAACAUUUCAGGAAAACCGAGAAAGAAGUCAUAGGGGGCUUGUGCAGUUUAGCAAACAUUCCCCUGACGCCAGAGACGGCGCGGGACCAGGAGCGGCGCAUUCGGAGGGAGAUCGCCAACAGUAAUGAGCGCCGGCGCAUGCAGAGCAUCAACGCUGGCUUCCAGUCUCUGAAAACACUCAUCCCACAUAGUGACGGAGAAAAGCUAAGCAAGGCUGCCAUCUUGCAGCAGACGGCUGACUACAUCUUUUCUCUGGAGCAGGAGAAGACGCGGCUGCUCCAACAAAACACCCAACUCAAACGCUACAUACAGAAGGAGUUCAGCGGCUCGUCCCCGAAGAGGAGGCGCGCCGAGGAGAAGGACGAAGGGAUUGGAUCUCCAGACAUCCUGGAGGACGAGAAGGUGGAGGAUCUUCGGCGAGAGAUGAUCGAACUCCGACAGCAGCUGGAUAAAGAGCGCUCCGUUCGCAUGAUGCUGGAGGAACAGGUGUUUUCUCCUGCCACGCCGCCUGCUCCCACACAUCACGCCACAGUAAUCGUUCCCGCCCCUGCGCCUCCGCCCGCUCCGCAUCACGUCACCGUGGUGACCAUGGGCCCCGCCUCCGUGAUCAACACCGCAUCCACAUCUCGACAGAACUUGGACACCAUUGUGCAGGCCAUCCAGCACAUCGAAGGCACGCAGGACAGGAUGGUCGUGCCCGAGGAGGAGAAGCGCCGGGCGGUCAUCGUCACCCCGGGCCGUGUCCUCACAGACACCGGCGACUCCGACACCGCCUCUGACAACGAAGGAUCUGAGGACUGUUAACUGCCCCGGUCACCCCCCACCCCCAUAUCGGCCCACCACAUGUAACGGGGGGCACAGAGAGAGGGCGAGGGGUCUAGGGGUCUGUGGGGAAGGGCCUCCAGCAGAAAUAUUCAUUCUUUCUAUCUCCUCUCUUUUUGUCGCUGUCUUCUUCGCACUCGCAUACGGGACUCACAGACUCAAUGACUUGAAGGUUUCUUGAAGGGGGGGGAUAAAAAAAAAAGAAAAAAAAAAAGCAGAUGUGCUGCAAACAGACCGAGCACGCUUAUGUAUACUCGCACAGUACACUAUAACCCCAUAGCACUCUGGUAACUUGUUGAUACGUUCAUAUGCUACAGCUGUUACUCAUACUCCGCUGAACUGGCUUCUGUUUCACCAACGUACGCUCCCAUGUAAGCGAUUUUGUGAGGAAAUCACAAAAUCUCAGUCAGAAUCCCCCACAGGUCUUCCGGGCCUCUUGCUUUAUCACUUCCUGCUCUACAUCCUGCCCAUAAGAGGGCAGUAGAGUGCUCUGAUCGGAGGAAUCCCAUUCCCACAUCACAUCUCGUAAAAUUAACCUUUUGCCUCACCCUCUGGUUGCAUCAUAUUCCUCUUUCUGUUCUGGGGAGGCUUGAAGCAUCACUGUGAGCCAAUGAGACUUCAGAAACCUGUUCCACACUAUGGCUUCCGAAACAUUAGAGGAAAUGUUACCUUUCUUUUGUUGUUGUUUUUUUUUUUUGGCGCAGACUCACCCCUAGUUUUCCAUUCGCCGGCGGGCAUCUUUUGAUUGUCGACAACGACCGCGACUGCUUAGAGGGGCUUCGUGUCGCGCACUUUUUUUGUAAAUAACACCGUUAUUGUGCAAAGAGGGAGGCUUUGUGCACUUAAUGUCGCUCACCUUUACUGGGCUGGGUUCCCAGUAUGCAUGUUGGUGCAGGGUGAAGCACUCUCUCCGUCUCGUCAAACGCCCUUGGUCCUGUCCUCACAGAUGAUUUCGAAAUUCUGGCCGAAUUUGUCGUUUGUAUGUCAAAUGGAAUAAGCUAACCGUCAGGUAGCUCGUACCUGAAAGGAAGUUAGUGUGUUGCUUUUAACACACUUGCUAAUGUAAACUUUUUUUUUGGAGAAAGUGUGGAAAUAGCACUACCAGGGUUGUCGUGGCCCGUUUUUAGCCUAUGCAGCUCUUUUGGUUCUCACCCCCUUUUUAGAGCGACUUCGUUGCCCAUUUGGUCUUCUCCCGGAAGUAUUGUCCUGUCCGUUUGUCGUGUCCGACGCUCUGUAAUGACGUUUACGGUGACACUGAAGAGUGACUAGCCCGUAAUCAUGUGCUCUAUCUCUAUGCACUCGCUGGUUCACUCGGCUCGCUUGACGCCACGCCAGAUAAUAAAGUGCAAGGUGGUGCUACUCCUGCUUGAGCUCUCCGGAUAAGCCAAGGAUGUCCACUCUGGUUCAUGGAAGGCUAUGGUCCUGCAGAGUUUGGUUCCAACCCCAAUUAAAGACCUGAUUAAAGGAUUACUACAGGUAUGGAAUGGAACAAGUCAGAGCUAAACUCUGCAGGAUGUUGGUCUUCGGGACCAGGCUUGGACACUCUUGGGAUAAGCCAAGCGUUUAUGUGAGCUCCUCAUGCCCCUGGUGGGAUUGAGAGACUUGACUAUAUUCUGUGCGGAGCAAUGGCCAGUGGUUUGCCUUAACACAGCUUCAGUGUGCACUGUGAGACACAGAGGCCUGCCUUAAACUAGCCCCGAAGGUGGCGCUAGAGAGCAAGGCCGGAGGGCGUUGUUAAGACAUGGCGCCCCAUGUUCAUCUCUUCUCGCGGUUCACGUUUACAAACAUUCCAGAACAGUCUACGGUUGUGUUUUGCGUUGGGUUUGUCAAUGCUAAAGUCGGCAAGAUUUGGUCGUAGACGAUGGUGAGGGGUGUCUUUUCUUAUGACUCAAAGAUUGGAAAGUGUGCAUGUCCCCCUUCCCUUACGAAAUAUUACAGGGAAUCUUUUUGCUGCUGGAUUUAUCAGGUGCUGUCAGCACGCUGGACCUUGUCAUUCGUAUUGCGGCAAAGACUGCAGGGAAUCAGGGCUUCCAGAAGAACGGACUGGUCUAAUAUUGGCAGAUUUUCUUUUUUUGUUAAUUUGUCCUCGCGCGUUUUUAUCUGGAUAAUGGGUCAUCGAGACUAGCGUCUUUUCACGUCAAGUCUGUAAUAACGGUUUUGUCUUCUCUUUCGUUCUCCCUCGUUUGAACAUUUCCUCUACCGAAGCCACAGGGUGUCUGUUUUUUGUGUAUUUUCUACUCGCAGAAAUCACUGUAAGAAAUCUUGAGGACAUAUCAGAGAUUGUCGAGGGAAACGGGGACGAUUUUAUGAACCUGAAGCACUUACUGUAGUAUAAAGAGGAGCGACUCUUGUUUUCAAAGAGCUGUUGUCCUCGACCGAAGCUCUUCUCGCUGUGACCUUUGAACCACACAGCUGUGUUUAGCCCUCAACGUUUGUCCUGGCACACCACACGUCCUCUGGCCGUCUCCACAGUCUCCAGACUCGUCCUGUCUCUCACCCUCUCCCUCUUUUACUGUCUGUCAUCUCUUUUAUGAUUUUUUUGUUUCUAUUUUUGUUGUUUUGUUUUUUAUGUGGGACAGUCAGUCCAUUUGGUUGAGAAGCUAUUGUAUUUUUUUUUAAUGGGGAAAAGAGGCACGUGCCUUUUGUAAAAACAGAAUAAUAAAGUUUGUACUUUGUUUUUUA